AUGAGCUCGAACUUAUUUAGCCCUGAAAAUGAUAAUGGAAACUUCGGUCGUACCCCCUCCUCGCCGUCAAAGCUUAGCCUUAUCAACGCCAAUUCUCCGUCCCUCUUUGAGUACCCCGCUCCUCAAACAAGCGUUUCCCGCACAGAUAAACUGCCGCUCCUCCAAUACGGAGACUGGGUUGAAGGAAAGGCUUAUGAUGAGGACCCACCAACCUGUAUUCACUAUUGGAUUGAGUGGAAGGUUACUCUUAACACUAAGACCGUGAUUAAGGAUACAGAACAAGAUCUGGUUCUUGCCCCUGGGUUUUAUUGGAGGCUGUUCUUCCAACCAAAAUUGAGAGAGAAGCUAUGCCUCAAAUAUCCGCACAAAAAGAUUGCAUUAGACGACACAUCCAUUGUGGUGACAGUUCCUCGGCGUGACAAACUUACUCGACAGUUUGGUAAGACAGAUAUUGACUGGCCUGGUAUUGAGAAACAGCUUCUCGAAUGGGGUUAUCACUUUCUUGCCGGCAAGAAAUUGAAACUUAUGAUAUCGGCAACUGACAAACGAGGCACUUCUUCUGCCACCCAGGGUAUGCUUCAAGAUCUUGAUCGGGAGGUCAACACGGAGAAGGAACUAACUGGAGAGCCUGCGGCCUGGAGGCAUGUCUAUAUGAUAAUACGCUGUCCCGGGUCGUGUGAGUUAGGGCCGCACUGUUGGCAGGAUCCUUACGGAAAGAAACAUUAUAAACUGUACAGAGACGAACUUUUGAACCUGGUCAAAUAUGUGAAGAGUGGGAAGAGAUUAGAGUCCCAUGAAGACGUGCCUGGCAUGAUUCGUGAACAGAUCUACAAGGCUGAGAGGCGACGGCUUGAAGGGCAAAAAGGUUGUAGUCGCCUUACAUCAGAGUCUACCUAUCUACCGAUUACUAUCACAAACGUGUUUCCCGCACAGGUCACGCAGCAGGGUAUGUUAUCAUCGCCACCGACCUCGGAAAACGUGACCAUUUGUGUAACCAAGGCCUCGCGACUUAAAUUAGCAGGUUUUCGUGACGCCAAUGUCCAGGCCUACUGUGACUGGCAACAGUCACAAGUUGAGAAUGAGUCGUGGAAGGAUGAAUUUCGCAAAGCGUGUAACGUGGCUCUAGGUGAUGGGUUAGACUUAGACCAGAUCGACGAAUUAAAUGAUCCCGAAUACUUCAAGAAUCGGGGAGUAAAAUGGGGUAUUGCUCGUCGAUUCGUUAGGGAUAUUAGAUACUGGGCAGACAACUUUUAUUAUUCUGUAGAUGGUAGGGAGUCAGAUUGA